CGAGGCCAUGUCAUUCUUAAAUGAGUAUACAGUGCACGUCGUAUAUUUCAAUCUGUAAAAACUGUACUAUUCGAAAAGACAACUAAUAUGGCGACGGCGUAUCCCAACGAAGAGAUCAACAUCACGAUCAAUGAAAACCUUAUAACGUGUCAAAUUUGUAUGGAACGGUUUGAUAGCCCAAGAAUACUACCAUGUCAGCAUACAUUUUGCAAAAAGUGCAUCGAAACAAUAAUCAAUAAAAACUGUUUAGGAAACCAUGAGUGUGACAUAUUGCACUGUCCAGUUUGUAGGCGAAAAUGCAAAAUUGGGAAAGGACGAAAGGACAUGGAUGUGAUCAUGAAAGCCUUUCCAGAAAAUAGGCUUAUGAACGAUUUAAUUGAAGGUAUGAAACGUAGCGAAACAGAAACAAACACAGUGGCCUUCGGCUACAACGACACAGAAAGUAGCCGUCAUCCUUGUGAAAAGGUCCAGCAAUGUUUGUGGAGCUAUCAUUGCUUUCUGCUUUUAUUUAAGCAGUAUAUGGAAGCAAUCUUUUGGAUUAGGCUGUGGAAAAGCCAAGGACAGGCACUACACAAUGCACACAUUAACCGAAAGCUCACGGCUAUGUUUAGUGAUAUAGUGCUGUCUAUAUUUUACAACAACAACCUUGUAAAAUAUACGCACGAAUUUUCUACUCCUUCUGAACACACUGUUCUUCGACACAUGAGUUACAACGACAGAAUGCGCGAAAUAGAAAAUAUUCAGGAUUAUAUUAGAAAAUGGGGAGGCAACUUUUGUGAUGGUGAUCAACACACGUUUAUGGCUGAUAUGUCAAAAUCAAACUGGACUCAAAUGGAAAAUAAUAAGUGCCAACAAACUGAUAUGUCAAAAUCAAACUGGACUCAAAUGGAAAAUAAUAAGUGCCAACAAACUGACGCGGAGAGCCUUUCCCUUUUUCACAUUGGUUUUCGGUCACUUGGAUUCAGCAACCUCUUUUCCUUGACGCAUUUGAUUUUACUUACUUUUUUGCAAUACAAACUUUGGCCUAUACAUUUUAUGAUUCUAGGAAAGCCAUACAUUUCACAGUUUCGAACCGUGCUGUUAGGAACACGUCCAGCUUUCAUAACGAACAUAGACGACCAUAAGGAAACCUAA